AUAUCUUCCACCUCCGGAGAAAGAUCAAUUUCUCUGUCGAUUCUGUUCUGAGUUCGAUCGUUCAAUUUCUCGCGGGAUCAUCUUGAAGCUCUGGCUCAGCUGAACGACCACAGCAACAAGGAGUCGAAAUUGGGGAAGGAUGAGCAAUAUCUCCGGUGACGGAACCCUAACGCCGGGCGAGUUCCGAGUAGCCGCUUUCGCUUUCGCCGUGCGAUGGAAGAGUUCCGUGUCCGCUUUCCCCCCGUGGUCGUGGCUUUCUCCCCCGAAGCAUCCUUGGCUUUCGAACGAAGUGGAUGGAUAUUUGGCGCUCGAGAACGUGUGCCUUCUCGACUCUAGUGAGGAAAAUCACGCCGGACGUUGUACUGGUUUGGAAGAUCCUAAUUGUUCUGGCGACGACGAGCCCAUUGACGAUGCCACGUUGGUUCAGAGCUGCAGAGAUGAUUUUCGUUACUACGACUUCCACGUCAUUUACGACUCUUCAUACAGGGUUCCGGUGCUAUAUUUCCGUGCAUACAGCGGAGAUGGGCGGACUCUACUCUUAAGUGAAUUUGAAGGAGACCUUCCAGCUGACUCUUCAGAGGCACUAGUGAAAUCAAAGUGGACAUUUAUAACUCAGGAGACUUUCUAUCAUGGACUGCAGGAGCAUCCAUACUUGAACAGGCCAUGGUACAAAUUACAUCCAUGCGGGACCAGUGAAUGCAUGAAAUUGCUUUUCCAGAGUGACACCUCGAUCAGAGCAACAUCGGGCGCAGCUGAGCUAUAUUUGCUAUCUUGGUUCUCCGUUGUUGGACGGAUGGUGGGUCUUAGCAUCCCUUACCAAAUGAUGAAAUGUGAGAAUGAUACGUAGUUCAGCAUGUACGGCAGUCUUGAGAAAGCAUUGAGUUAUUACUCGGCCAUAAGCUAUGACUAGAGCAAAGGGACAGUGGAGCAAUUUUAAAAAUUAGCCACCAAGGUAAGCCAUUCUAGCCAUGAGGGACGCGUUUCUUCGUGCUUGCACUUAGCGGUCAAGAACUCCGGUGGACGUAUGGAGGAUGUUAGUGGUCACUCACUUUGUCGUCACUUCGGGUGUUACUUGUUCUGUUACUGCCACGGCAGCCGGAGUGUCUCAUAGUUAACCAGUUAUGUAACUUUCAAACAAAACGAGCGCGUAUCACAUUGAGAUGCAAUUGG